UAAAUAAAAUAAAAAUAAUUAAAUUUUGUCUUCAAAAUGCUGUAUAUUUAAAUAAACAUUAUAAUGAGUACAUCAAAAGCAGUUGAUUCUAGUUUAGAGGAUGCUGGAAUACCUGGACAACGAUUCCUUAGAGAUGCUUUAACAAGUUGUACAGAUCCUUUAAAAGCAAUUGAGGAAUUUCAAUUGCAAAAUGGAAUUUUACUUCCAUCGUUGAGACCAAUGUUACCAUUAUUAGAUUUACAUGGUGUACGAAGACUUGAUUUCCACACAUCUGUAUUAGAAGAAUUACGUGAAAAAUUAAUUGCACACAUCAAUGAAAUUGGACAACGUGAAGGUCGUGAAAAAGAACGAAAAUUAAAAGAUUUAUUAGCGAAAAGUUUUCCAUUUGUUCGUGUUAAAGGUUUACGACCCGUUGUCAUGUGUAUUUUACGGAAUACACCACAUAUCGAUGAUAAAUAUUUAAAAGUGCUGGUACGUGAUCGUGAACUUUAUAGUGACACAGAUACUGAAGUGAAGCGACAAAUAUGGAAAGAUAAUCAAUCGUUGUUUGGUGAUGAGGUAUCACCGUUAUUGAGUCAAUAUAUUCGUGAAAAAGAUAAUAUUUUAUUUGAUCAUCAAAAUUUGACUAAUUUAUUCUUUAAUCCAUCUCCAAAGGUUCGUCGUCAAGGUGAAGUGGUACAAAAAUUAGCGCAUAUGAUUGGAAACAGUGUAAAACUUUAUGAUAUGGUUUUACAAUUUUUACGUACUUUAUUCUUGCGAACUCGUAACAUACAUUAUUGUACAUUAAGAGCUGAAUUACUGAUGGCAUUACACGACCUUGAAGUACAAGAUAUCAUCUCAGUAGAUCCUUGUCAUAAAUUCACCUGGUGUCUGGAUGCAUGCAUACGAGAGAAAAAUGUUGAUAUUAAACGAUCUAGAGAACUGCAAGGAUUUUUAGAUAGUGUUAAACGUGGUCAAGAGCAAGUUUUAGGUGAUUUAUCAAUGACGUUAUGCGAUCCAUAUGCGAUUAAUUUCUUAGCAACAUCAGCUAUUAAAAUUUUACAACAUUUAAUCCAUGUGGAAGGUUUACCUAGAGAUAACACAAUUUUAACAUUACUAUUACGUAUGUUGGCGCUUGGUUUAAGCGCAUGGGUAAUGAUUGACUCACAAGAUUUUAAAGAACCAAAAUUAGAUAGUCAAAUAGUCACGAAAUUUUUACCAGCUUUGAUGUCAUUAAUGGUCGAUGAUCAAGUACGACAAAUGCAUACAAAAUUACCACCUGACGAACGUGAAACUGCCAUUACUGUUAUUGAACAUGCAGGUCCACCACCAGAUGCUUGUGAAGCUUAUGUCCAAGAAUCACCUGUUGCCAGUAUACUUAUGUUAUAUUACACAUUAUCAGCAGCACGUCAAAAAGAUCGCGUUGGAUUAUUACGUGUCAUGACAAUACUAAAUAGUUGUACAGAAGGUCGAGCGUACGAAGAUCCAUUUUUACAUUCGAUGGUAUCAUUGCUGAUUCACAUGCAAGAUGAAUUUGGAACAGAAGAUUUUUGUACCGGAAUCUUUGAUGAAUUCUUAUUUACGGCCGUCAAUAAAGAUAAUGUUUUACGACACAUGUUGAAAUUAUUAUGGUAUAUACAUCCAAAAUUAUCACCAACACGAUUACAAAUGUUGGUGAAAACGUUACAACCGACUGUACAACAUUCAGAAUCUGUACAUAAAUUAUAUGAAAUGCUGGUAGAGAAAAUUGGUACAACUGAUGAACCUAUUAUUGAUCAAGUUAGUGAAUUAGAUCAUUUGGAUUCACCGUUAAUGAGUGUUCCAACACCGGCUCCGUAUCAUUAACACAAAUUGUUGAAAUGUUACUUUUUAAGGUUUGUAACAAAAUAUAUGGCUUGUUUUUUUUAAAUUAAAUAUUU